AUGCGCUGCCACAAGUGCCUUCUCUGCCUGUCAGCCCUGCUCACACUCCUGGGCCUCAAAGUGUACAUCGAGUGGAUGUCCGAGCCCCAGCUGGGCAAGGCCUAUCCAGGACCCCGCAGCAGCCCGCCAGGCUCCAUGCCAGCCAGCGCCGAGCCCACCCUGCCAGCCAACCUCUCAGCCCGUCUGGGCCAGACUGGCCCGCUGCCCUCGGCUUACUGGAACCAGCAGCAGUGGCGGCUGGGGACCCUGCCCGGAGUGAACAGCAUAGAGGUAGGGGACUGUGGCGCUUGGGGGGCUGCCGCUGCAGCCGAGAUCCCUGACUUCGCUUCCUACCCCGAGGACCUCCGCCGCUUCCUGCUGUGGGCCGCCUGUCGGAGCUUUCCACAGUGGCUGCCCGCUGGCGGCGGAGGCCAGGUGACCGGCUGUGGGGAUCCCGGUAACGUCCCCUUCCUGCUGUUGGCUGUCAAGUCGGAACCAGGGCACUUUGCGGAACGACAGGCCGUGAGGCAGACGUGGGGCGGGCCGGCCCCCAGGGUCCGGCUGCUCUUCCUCCUGGGGUCCCCGGUGGGCCAGGCGGGGCCGGACCUCAGCACCCUGGUGUCCUGGGAGAGCCGCCGCUACAGUGACCUGCUGCUCUGGGACUUCCUCGAUGUCCCCUUCAACCAGACGCUCAAGGACCUGAUGCUGCUGGCCUGGCUUGGCCGCCACUGCCCCGGCGUGAGCUUUGUCCUGCAGGCCCAGGACGACGCCUUCGUGCACACCCCUGCUCUGCUGGACCACCUGCGGGGCCUGUCACCUGCCCGGGCCCGGGGCCUCUACCUAGGUGAGGUCUUCACCCAGGCCAAGCCCCUCCGGAAGCCUGGAGGACCCUUCUACGUGCCGGGGUCCUUCUUCGAGGGCAGCUACCCGGCCUAUGCCAGCGGGGGUGGCUACGUGAUCUCGGGGCGCUUGGCACCCUGGCUGCUGCAGGCGGCGGCCCGCGUGGCCCCCUUCCCCUUUGGCGACGUCUACACUGGCCUGUGCUUCCAAGCCCUGGGCCUGGCCCCCAGGACUCACAAAGGCUUCCUCACGGCCUGGCCGGCAGACCGCACUGCUGACCCCUGUGCCUUCCGAGACCUGCUGCUUGUGCGACCCCUCAGCCCUCAGGACAGCAUCCGGCUCUGGAAACAGCUGCAGGACCCUGGGCUCCAGUGCUGA